UUUAUUUAUAACUUGUUAGGAUUCCUGCAAGUUUGCAUACAUGUUUUCUAUGCGCGAUAAUUCGCACUUAUUGCAACUUAAAAUCUUGAUAAACAAUAUAUGUAAAAUAAUCAAUUAUUAAAUCAACAAAAUAUUAAACGUCUCACGAAUCAAUGCUUUCAGUUUAUAGAUACUGCAAUUCAUAAUUUUCAUCCGUGAUAAGCGACAAGCGCUAGAAUCGCCAACAUAUGGCUAAGAGCUAAGGUCUAGUACACAGCUGUUCUGUUCAAUUAUUAACAAAGUUCAAAUUACAAGAGUUGCCCAGCAUAUAACGUCAUCAUAUAUACAUAGCCUAGAGAGUUGAACUUCAUGUUGAAUUCAUCAAAUUCAUAGUGCCCCGAAACAUUCGUUAUUACCAACGUCAUUUAGAAAAAUCUGGAAAAUUGUUGAUAAAAAUUGUAAAGUUUACGUUAUUCAUUAAAAAAAUGAAGUGGUUCCAAGGAAGUAUUCCUGAAGCUAUAGCAGCAUCUAAAUCAAAGAAAGCUAUAUUUGUUGUUUUUGUGGAAGGUAAAGACGAAGUUUCACAAGAAGUAGCAAAAACAUUGGAUUCUGUAGAAGUGUCAUCGCGUUUAGAAGAAGACAAAUUUGUUGUUAUCAAACUUCAGAGCGACUCUGAAAAUUAUACAUUUUUUGCACAGAUUUAUCAAUUGGUUCCCGUUCCGUCAAUAUUUUUCAUUGGUGAGAAUGGUGCACCACUGGAAAUUAUUGGUAAUAAGCUAUCGUCAAAUGACUUAGCAUCAAAAAUUGAUUCAAUAGUAUUAAAAGCUAAGCCACAGACAAUAGAUCCUUCAGCAAGUUUAAUAAAUUCUGAACAAUCGACACAAUCCUCUACUAGUACGCAAGGAGCAAGUAUAGUAAUAAAUAAUUCAGCAGACUCUACAAGUUUCAACCAAGCAGAAAAACUUAAAAGAGCAAGAGAGCUAAUUGAACUGCAAAAUAAAAAGAAAGCAGAAGAAGAGGAACAAAAAGAACGAGAGAGGGAAAUAGAAAGAAGAAAAGUAGGAAGAGAUGUGCAAAAAUUACGUCAGCAGCAGCAAGAAAACGAAAUCAAAGAAGCAUAUUCAGAAAUAAUGAAGGAAAAGGCAGCCGAAGCUGCUGCAAGAGAAAAAAUUUUGAAACAAAUAGAAGAGGAUAAGUUAGAGAGAAAGAAAAGGUUUGAAAUGCAUCAACAGGAAACAGUGGCUCAACAACAGAAAGUUCAAGAAGAAGCGCAAGUUAGAGCCCAAGCUAAAGCUCAAGCACCUACCUGUGACAUGUCAAAAGCUCGAAUACAGUUCAAAUUGCCAACUGGUGAAAGUGCGACUCAAACGUUCCAAGCAACGGAUACUCUUGGAAAUCUGAGAGCAUACGUUAUUCAAAACGUUCAGAUACCAUUUAAGCAUUUUUCUAUGUCUGCAUUCUUCCCAAGACGCGAUUUCAGUUCUAAUGAUGAUCGUAAAACUUUAACAGAAUUAGAACUAGUUCCUUCAUCUGUUAUUUUAAUCUUACCAAUAAAGUCGAGCAAUCCAUCGUCUGUUAUAAAAUCAACUGAUGGAGGAGGUAUCUUUUCACAGUUCUUAUGGACACUUCUUGCACCAGUAGUCAGCAUAUACAACUAUGUUAUGGGAUAUUUAACUGGUAGACCUCGUGGAGAUGAAUCAAAUGAUAGUAACAAUGCAAACAGAAAUCAAGGGAUCCCACCAUCUAACAAUGCUUUUCCAGCAUUUGGACGACUUGGAAACAUUGGCGCAAGGAGACUUGGAGGACAAGGAACAUCGAAAAUUAGAGCUCGUGGUAACAUACAUACCCUUCAUUCUGGAGAUGAUGACAAUGACGAAAAUAAUACGUGGAAUGGUAAUUCGACGCAACAAAUGUAAAUCUUCAUUUUAAUAAGGAAAAAAAUAUGGUGAAAUUAAUUUUCUUUUUUUUUUUUUACAUAAAAUAUACAUUUUGCUUACCGUACGAAAAACAUAGUUAUCGUUUUAUUGUCAUUUAAAUGAUAAAUUAAUUCACUAUUUGAAAUAUUAUUUUGAUGAUAGAAAAAUUUAUUUUGUUUUUGUGUUACAAAUGUUGAAUACUGCAAAGACCGUCUUAUAUGCUUGAAGGUGUUGCUUAGUAUCACAUUUUAAUUUUAAGUUUAUACACAGUAUGUACUGUAAUUUAUUUCAAUGAGAAGCAAAAUAUGUAAAAAUAAUUGUUACAAUAUGAUGCAAAUUUUUACAUAAUUUUUAGCAGUAUCGUUGAUAGGUUUUUGUCACUGCUACAUUAUUUGAAAGAAUUAUGAAAAAUAAUUGCAUAGACUGUAGUUGCAGCAACCCGUGGAGUUAUACUUUUAAUGCAUCGUUUACGUAAUUAAGUUAAAACAUCGACACUGCACUGAAAAUUAUUAUAAUUUUAAAUUUACGCAAUUUAAGAAUAGAUCAUACAUUUAUCUAAUUCUUUAUUGGUGCAAAAUAAAAGAAAAUUUA